CAGACGUACACUCCAGCAGAUAUCACGCCAGUGGAGGGUUCAUAACUAUGGGCAAACAGUUUGUGGCAACUGUGGUAUUUACUGCCUUGCAAGCUGUGUCAAUAGGAGGGUCUGUUGAUCAACUUGACAGCAGCUCUGGUGCCCAUCAUUUUCAACGCCGAUCAAUUGAAGUAGAAGAAGAGUUGACCGAUAAUGAGAAAGUGUUUAUCUACAAGACCUUUCUUAUCUGCGGUGGAUUUAUUUUGGUUAUCAAUUCAUUCAUCAAGCUACUGAAUACAAAGGUUACAGAUAUCUAUGGAAAAAUCAUUGUUACUUCCCGAGUAAUAAACGCGAUUGUUCUUUGGUCCAUGUGUGCUCUUUCAUUUGCUAGCCUUGAUGCAUUUGUCCUGUUAUCUGUGAUGAUGGGCUCAUUAAUCUUCCAAGCUGCCGUUGACUUGCUAGAUUAGUUUUCUUUAUUUUUUUCCCUACUCCUUCUUACUCUUCUUCUUCCUCUCCUUUAUAUUAAUGAAGUCGGUCCGUUGCUUCAGCAUUAUUAGCAUAGUUAUUCAAUGUAUAUUUUGUUCUUAUUCCGAGGCUAUUGUCCCUCACUCUUUUUUUCUUCUGUCAUGAAUAUUAAAUCAUGUUACAGCACAAUAAUUGGCAUUGUAGUUGUCAUUAUUAUGGCAUCACAUAUAU